AAGCCAGCCUCCCCCCUGUCUCCUCAUGGGUGGGGUGAUUUGCCGUGGUCACAGAGAGACAGAAGCCUCAUGCUCACUCAUUGAUACUUGCAGAGUUUGAGGAAUUGAAGAAGGGGAGCGCGACAUAUACACCCUCAUACACACAGCAGGCUGUGAGCGGGGAUGGUAGCAGAGGAGAUUGUGGUCUCCCUCUCAGGAGGAGCCCCGUGGGGCUUCAGGCUGCAGGGAGGAGCAGAGCAGCAAAAGCCUCUACAGGUGGCCAAGGUUCGCAGGCGCAGCAAAGCCUGCAGAGCUGGACUGAAGGAGCACGAUGAGCUGGUUGCCAUCGGCGACCAUAUGUGUGCAGACCUCAGUCAUGCUCAGGCCAUGAGUCUCAUAGAUACACAGAGCGCUACACUCAGCCUCAGGGUUAAAAGGGCUCCCUCUGGCUUCCACUCCUCAUCUUACUCUGGUCGCUCUGCAUCACCCCGCUCCUCCAUGAGGGUCCUGUCUCCCCCCGUGGCCUCCUUGCCCUCCCACUGUCCCUCUAUCCUCUCCCCCACUGGGAUACCAAGAGGCAUCACUUCCCCUCCGGACAGCGAAGCCUACUAUGGAGAAACAGACAGUGACGCAGACACACAGUCUCACACUCACCGCCGCCAACGCCGCACACCUCCUCAUGCACGCUCACCUGCGCGCUACGACAAUCAGGAAGAGGAGGAGAUCUCAGAGAUGAGUGGGUAUGAGAGUGCUACAGAUGCAGGGGUUUCCCUGCAGGGGCAGUGGGAUGGUCAGUGUCUUGCUGGCGUCCCUCGCCGAGAACUAAUCUACCAGCCCCCCCAGACAGAAUGGACCACUCCAGCACACACCCCACAUACUCUGACCCCUCACUCACUCACCCCGACCCCUGAUCAGGGGUUGGUGGAAGCGGAGGGAGAAGGUGACAGCGGCUUCCAGGAGGCGGGGGGCUGCAUUGCGCUGACCUGCCCACCCCUAGUGUCUCCUGAACGGGCGAAAGAGGCUCUGAUGUUGGGCUCUAGUAAACAACUUGUGCCCAUGGUGGGACCACAGCAGACCCCUAUCAGUGAUGAGCUCUCCACCACCUACAUGGACAAAGCAAGGCAAGCCAAGUUACAGCGUGGGGAGAGUUUGGUGGAGAAACAGGUGAAAGAAGCUCGUACUAAAUGUCGCUCUAUUGCCUCUUUGCUGACUGAUGCUCCCAACCCCAACUCAAAAGGGGUGCUUAUGUUCAAGAAGCGCCGGCAGAGGGCCAAGAAGUACACACUGACCUGCUUUGGCAAAGCGGAGGGAGAUAGAGGAGGGGAGACAGAAGGCGAGACAGGUGGGGAGACAGAGGAGGAAGGAGGAAGUUCUUUCUUAAGUGGAUCAGAAGUUGAUGAAGAGGGAUUCUCAGCAUCAUUUGACCCUACGUGGGAUUCCGGUUAUCUAGACCUGUUAGACAGGAGAAGCUCUGCCUGCCCGUCAACGACCCCAGCAACUCCAACGACACCAACAACCAAUCACAGCCCAGGGCUGGACAUCUCAGCCUAUCAGACUCCAGGACUUGUGACCUCUGUCAAUCAAAGCCCAGGGUUGGAGGUUUCAGGGCUGGAGAGCUCGGCCUAUCAGGGUUCAAGGCUGGAGAACAGCGUCACGAAGCAGCCAAUCAGUAACCACCCUGCACACAUGUCUCCCCCAGCUGUGGCUCUGACCAAUGGGGGGUCAGUAGCUGUUAGUCGGGCUAGUGUUGUCCUGAGCCCACCCUCUCAGACACCACUUCCAAGUCACAAUGGGCAACAUGACGGCUCUAAUCCCAGUCCUAACCCUAAUCUUAGUCCUGCCCCAAUCACAGACUCAAACCAUCACCUCAACACCAACCUCAGUCCUAAUCCAGGUGUUCUGAACCGUACUGCACGCCCCUUCACACCUGGACCUACCCCUCCUCGUGCAUCUGUAACCUCUGUGAUGUUUCGCCCUCCCCAACCCAAACCCACAGCCAUAACCAUGGCGACUGAGCCCGUGACCGCCGUGUCCAUGGUGACUAUUCUACCUCCUCACCACCCAUCGGGGUCAGAUGCAAGGAGAGCGGUGUCUAGCACCUCUCUGUACAUCCCUCCAAGAAAUAACAACAGCAACACUCAUCCCUCUGUUAACUCCCCCCCCUCAGCUCUCUCGCCUCCCUCCUCUCUGUCUUCUGCACCUUUCUCUCAGCCUCCUGCAAACCCACACACAUUUUCUCCUCAGCCUGCAGUGCAUGCUUCCCCCUCCACCUCAUUCUCUCCUUCUACAGCUCAAGGUCCCCCAGUCUGCCCGUCACCUGCUCAACCUUUCUCCCCUCCAGCUCCACAGCCAUUUCCCUCUCCUCUUGCUCCUACUUACCCACCUCCCUCCACUUACAUUUCUGCUCCUCCCAUCUCCCAACCACAUCCCACUGAUCUCACUCAGGUCCAUCCUCCCCCUCCCAUCCAGCCUAUUCCAUCUCCAUCUGUCAACCCUUUCAUCAACAUGACAGGUGCAGUGACUCCUGGCUCCCGUGCUGCCACGGCAACCACAUCACCUCCCCAGGCUCCUGCUGCCGAUUCCCUUGCAACACGUGAGCAGCGCAUCUCCGUUCCUGCUGCUCGCACCGGCAUCCUGCACGAAGCCCGUCGUCGUGGCAACAAGAAGCCAAUGUUUUGUGCAGUCCAGAACAAAGAUGUUUCUCCAAACCCGGACCUGCUGUCGAUGGUCCAGAAUAUGGACGACCGCUUUGGGAGAGCCCCGUGUGCAGAAUCUGGAGUUGCACCCAGUGGGGAGGCUGGGCAUGAGUCGGGGCCUGAGGAGGACUGGCUGAAACUGGGGGCAGAGGCCUGCAACUUCAUGCAGGCUCAGCGAGGACCCAGGCCACCCCCCGUAGCCCCAAAGCCGCAAGCCCCUCAGGUGCCACAGCUGGCAGGAAAGGGGGGUCAGCUGUUUGCCCGCAGACAAAGCAGGAUGGAUCGGUAUGUUGUAGAGCGAUCUCCCUCUGUUGCUGCAGCUCCUUACUCUCCUGCCCAGACAAGGGAGCUGUCACCCACUCCUUCUCUUCCUGCCACCUGGAAGUACUCCUCUAACAUCCGUGCUCCACCUCCCAUCAGCUACAACCCCCUCCUGUCUCCCUCCUGUCCCCUGAAGGCCCAGAAGAAACCUGAGGUGAAAAAGUCUGGGCCAGCUGGAUCUAAAGGCCAGAAAGCGGGCAUCAAGCCUGUGGACAUUAUGAGCCACCAACCCUACCAGCUCAACUCCACCCUGUUCAGCUAUGGGGGCGGGGUUCCCCAGGACAUAUCCACCUAUCAGCAGCAGCAGCAGCAGCAGCAGCAGCAGCGAGGAAUGCCAGGUGGUCCUCAGAAAACAGCAAGAGUAUACGAAGUGAAGCGCUUCUCCACACCCCCUCCGACAGGGCCUGCCCUCAAAGUUAUCGUCCCUCGAUCAGCUACGACCCUUGGGGAACCACUGUGGCGCUCUGAUGUCCUGUCUCCUCCACCCGUAGUUGGCCCCGCCCCAUACCAACCCUAUCAGCCUCAACCCCAACCUCACCAGCCUCAGUGGGCCUCUGCCCCUAUGUCUCCCUCAGUGCCUCCUGCCCCUAAUGCCCCACUCCCUCAGCUCCCCACCUUCUCCUCUGCUCCUGCACCAAACCCAGUCCAGUCCCCUACUUUCUCCCACCUUCAGCCCCCCAACACUGCGCAGGCCAACAAGGGGUUUAAGAGCGCUCCGGAUCUGAGUCCCCUGAGUCCCACUGGAGCCUCUCAGCCAGCAUCCAGUGGCACUCAGUUUACCAGGGUACCCAGGCCCAGGUUCAGCACAUCCAACCUGGGUCUGCAGCCUUGCGUCUGGCGCCCUGGAUCCACUAUGCACUGAAUGGAUUCUGAUCCGGACAUAAGAAAUCAGGGCUCUAUGGGAACAAGGAGCCACAUUUUUUGAAAUAGGUCCAUGUGUUUUUAGUAUUGUAAUAUUGUUAUUCAGCGCUGCAGCUUAGGCUUUAUUUGUCACAUUUUAUCACAAUAUCUGUUUGGAUCAGCCACACAUGUAGCACAUUUUAUCACUGACAUUUAAUCUUGUUGACUUCUUUAUCAAAUGCAUUUGCUUAUAGUUGAAGGGAACACUGUGUUUUUCAAAGAAAAUGUGGUGUGGAAACCUGAGAGGUGUUACAAAAAUAGACUGCAGAUGAAAGAACAGGAAGAGAUGCUGGGAAUAAUAAAAGAGCUGUAAAUAUUGUUUUGAAUGAUGAAAGAAUUGAUUUAAAACAGAAAAAGAAGAACAGAGGAUGUGAAAGACAAGACUGAUGAGACUGACUGAGAGAUGUAGUCAAGGAUGGGGAAAAGAUGAAAAGACACCGAUGAAGUGACAUAAUAGAAACAAUGUCUGAUGAGGUGUAAAAGGUACAGAUUCGACUUAUAGCUUGACAAUCUGUAAAAAUCCUGCAGUACCUGUUGCCAUCCAGCAAUAUUAUAUCAGAUAUACUGAAGUACUAAGAAAUUUGAAGUAGCUACUACUACUGUAAUUCCCCUUGUGUAACAUAUAUUCUAAAGAUUUGUGUUUGAUGAUUCUGAGUGUCUUUUUGUAGUUGCACUCUGCAGCGGUGUGUGCUUUGUUUUCUGUAGUUUUUCAUAGGGCGAGGAGCCACAGCUGUCACGAAGAGGGGAAAAGCCUUUUACAGUAGACUUGAUUUCUGAUCUGCUGAUAUGGAACAAGAAAGGUAUAACGUGUCUGUUUAGCUGUGAUUCUUUUACACAGAGACAUGCGGCUGAAUAAAAAUAGACGUGACUCACCUCA